AAAGGCAGUUGGUUUAUAUGUAAGCCGAAAACCCUGAUUUUCUUGUCCCUUCGCCUCUUUCCAUUUCUCUAACAGGGAAGGGAGGAAAGAAGAAAGACUCCAUCGAAAAAGCUCAACUCAAUCAUGGGGAAAGUGAAGGGCAAGCAUCGGCUGGAUAAGUACUACCAUCUAGCCAAAGAACAAGGCUACCGUUCCAGAGCUUCAUGGAAGCUGGUCCAACUGGACUCUAAAUUCUCCUUUCUUUCUUCAUCUCAUGCCGUUCUCGAUCUCUGCGCCGCCCCUGGUGGCUGGAUGCAGGUGGCGGUGCAGCGUGUGCCUGUAGGCAGCCUCGUUCUCGGCCUCGACCUUGUUCCCAUUGCUCCUAUCCGUGGUUCUAUCUCCCUACAGCAGGACAUAACGAAGCCUGAAUGCAAGACUAAGGUUAAGAAGGUCAUGGAAGAGCAUGGUGUAAGGGCUUUUGAUUUGGUUUUGCAUGAUGGGUCUCCUAAUGUUGGAGGCGCCUGGGCGCAGGAGGCGAUGAGCCAGAAUGCCUUGGUUAUCGACGCGGUGAAACUAGCUACUCAGUUCUUGGCUCCUAAAGGGAACUUCGUCACUAAGGUUUUCAGGUCACAAGACUACAGCUCUGUCAUCUACUGCCUCAAGCAGUUAUUCGAAAAGGUUGAGGUGGACAAGCCAGCAGCUAGUCGUUCCGCAUCAGCUGAGAUAUUUGUUUUGGGUUUAAAGUACAAGGCUCCUGCAAAGAUUGAUCCACGUCUUCUAGAUGUGAAGCACCUAUUUCAGGGAUCUAUAGAGCCACAGAAUAAGGUGAUUGAUGUACUUCGAGGAACAAAACAAAAGAGACACCGUGAUGGGUAUGAAGAUGGAGCUACAAUCUUGAGGAAAGUAUCUUCAGCUGCUGAUUUCAUUUGGUCAGAUUCUCCUCUUGAGAUCCUGGGUUCGGUUACUUCCAUAACAUUUGAUGAUGCAGCUUCUUUCCCCAUUAAGGAUCACAGUUUAACAACAGAAGAGGUUAAAGCUCUUUGUGAUGACCUGCGUGUUUUGGGAAAGCAAGAUUUCAAGCACAUAUUGAAGUGGCGAAUGCACAUAAGAAAAGCUUUGUCUCCUUCAGAAAAGGCUACUUGUACUCCUGUAAAAGAUGUUGAAAAGGAAGAAGAAGAGGAUCCAGAUGAUAAAUUACUAAAUGAAAUGGAGGAGCUAACAUAUGCAAUGGAACGCAAGAAGAAGCGAGCAAAGAAGCUUCUUGCAAAAAGACGAGCUAAGGAUAAGGCACGGAAGGCCACAGGAAUGCAAAUAGAUGCCAUGGAAGAUGGUUAUGUUGACAAUGAGUUGUUUUCUCUUUCUUCCAUCAAGGGCAAGAAAGAGCUGGUGGCCGUUGAAUAUGAUGAUGGAAAUGAAGACGUGGGAGGCGAAGAUGAAGAAAAAAAAGAGGAAACAGAGGACAACUCAUCCAGUGAUAUUGAUUCUGAUCAGGAACGAAGAAGAUAUGAUGAGCAAAUUGAAGAGAUUCUCGAUCAGGCUUAUGAACGUUUUGUCUCCAAAAAGGAUGGAAGCACAAAGCAGCGGAAGCGUGCAAAACAAUCCUAUUCUGAGCAAUUGGAGGGUGGUGAUGAUGAUAUCAUUCUUUCUGACCAAGAUUCAGACAAAGAUGAGGAUGAUCCUGAAGCAAAUCCUCUCAUGGUACCACUGGAUGAUGGGAAGGUGCCCACUCAAGAGGAGAUCACAAACAAGUGGUUUGGUCAGGAUAUUUUUGCUGAAGCUGUAGGGGAGGGAGAUUUGGGGAAGUACAAUAGUGAGGAUGAAAUGCUGGUAGACAACCUAGAGGAAAGACCUUCCAGUCCAGAGAAAGCCAAAGUAAAGAAGGGGCAAGAAGAACAGUCUUCUAUCCCAAAGAAGGUGAAGGAAAAAACAAUGAACAAUGCUGGAGGCCCUAAUCGGACACAGGCCCAGGCUUCUAAGGUACAAGAUGAUUUUGAGAUUGUCCCAGCUCCAGCUACUGAUUCAAGUGAUUCAUCUUCAGAUGAUUCAGAGGAUGAGGAUGCCGACACCAAAGCUGAGAUUCUGGCUUGUGCUAAGAAGAUGCUGAGAAAGAAGCAAAGGGAACAAAUACUGGAUGAUGCUUACAACAAGUACAUGUUUGAUGAUGAGGGCUUGCCCAAAUGGUUUUUGGAGGAAGAGAGGAGGCACCGUCAACCAAUUAAGCCUGUCACUAAAGAAGAGAUUGCUGCUAUGCGAGCACAAUUCAAAGAUAUUAAUGCCCGGCCUGCUAAGAAGGUUGCAGAGGCAAAAGCCCGAAAGAAGCGGGCAGCCAUGAGGAAGCUUGAGAAGGUUCGGAAGAAAGCAAACAGUAUAUCAGAGCAAGCAGACAUCUCAGACCGUUCGAAGGGGAAGCUAAUUGAACAGCUAUAUAAGAAGGCUACGCCCAAGAGACCAAAGAAGGAAUUUGUGGUGGCAAAGAAAGGAGUUCAAGUCAAGGCUGGCAAGGGUAAGGUCCUUGUUGAUCGAAGGAUGAAAAAGGAUGCAAGGACACGGGGAAUGGACAAGCCAGGCAAAGGCAGGUCAAAGAAGGGAAAGAACGGAAAGGCUCAGAAAGGUAGAGGUUCUGUUAGGUCUUCCGGAAAGAAGGGAAACAAAGGAAAGAUGGGCAUGCAUGACUAAGACAGUUUCAAGUCUACAAAAUAUGACCUUUUUGGCCCGGUAGUGCUGGCCCUCUCUCUCUUUUCUUUUCUUUUCUUUUUAAUUUUAUUUUUAUUUUUUUUAUUUUUAAUGUUAGUCCAGUUGUUUGUGAUUCGAUUCAAAUAAUUAUGCUAUAGGUGAAAGAAAAAAACAAGUAUUCUGUUGGGUGUGUGUUCGGAGCAAUUGUAACAAACCAAGAGAAUCAGACGAACUAAAAUUUUCUGUUCAGG